AUGUCACACACCGGCACCAUGCGCGGGACCCCCAAGAACCGCAAUCAGCCUGCACGAGCCCAAUUCGUCGACAGCCCAUCUAGCAUCCCCCGUCCAGCCCUCGAGACCCACGCUUCUCACGUAUCCCAGAGCGAUGUCGGCACCUCCACGCUCAGCGCCAGCCGCGCAAAGAUGUCCAAGAGGGACGAGGCUAUCCGCCGCAAGAUCGAGACGGAUCUCAACAAGAAGAAGAACCCCGGCAGCCGAGUGCGCCCAACUCGCAAAGCCCCGCCGGGCACCGUCCUGGCCCUGAAGCCGAGCCCUGCGCUCCAGAUCUCAGCCUCGACCACCGUGGCAGAGGCUGCCCAGCUCAUGGCUGCCAAGAGGGAAGACUGCGUUUUGGUCACUGACGAAGACGACCAUGUCGCCGGUAUCUUCACCGCAAAGGACCUGGCUUUCCGAGUCGUCGGCGGCGGAAAGAAGGCUCAGAACGUCACCAUCGAGGAGAUCAUGACCAAGAACCCCCUCUGCGCAAAGACGGAUACGAGCGCAACGGAUGCCCUGGACCUCAUGGUCCGCAAGGGCUUCCGCCAUCUGCCCGUCAUGGACGAGAACCACGACAUUGCGGGAAUCCUCGACAUCACAAAGUGCUUCUACGAUGCCAUGGAGAAGCUCGAGCGCGCCUACAGCUCCUCUCGCAAGCUCUACGAUGCCCUCGAGGGCGUCCAGGCAGAAAUGGGCUCAAGCCAGCCCCAGCAGAUCAUUCAAUACGUCGAGGCCAUUCGCCAGAAGAUGUCCGGUCCUACGCUGGAGUCGGUCUUGACCGGCCUGCCACCAACCACGGUCUCUGUGAGGACAUCGGUCAAGGAGGCCGCAGAGCUGAUGAAGGAGAACCACACCACCGCCGUCCUAGUCCAAGAUCAAGGUUCCAUCACCGGCAUCUUCACCAGCAAGGAUGUCGUCCUCCGUGUCAUUGCUGCUGGUCUGGACCCAACCACUUGCAGCGUCGUAAGGGUCAUGACCCCUCAUCCUGACUUUGCCCCCAUGGACAUGAGCAUUCAGUCUGCUCUCCGCAAGAUGCACGACGGACACUACCUCAACCUGCCCGUCAUGAGCGAUGCGGGCGAGAUCGUUGGCAUGGUCGACGUACUGAAGCUCACCUACGCUACCCUUGACCAGAUCAACAACAUCAGCACAGGAGACAGCGAAGGGCCAGCCUGGAACAAGUUCUGGCUGUCGCUGGACAACGACACAGAGUCGAUGAUGUCUGGCGAAGGCUCCAGCCGCAUGCCUGGAACACCAGAUGCUCGGUCCAUGAUGUCUCACAACGACCGCCCUGGUCUGAUGGACCGUGGCGACAGCGUUCUGCCCAACGAUUCAGCUUCUCACCAUGGAGAGUCGCCACCUCCCUCCGCCGUGGCCAGCGCCCACCCAACCGCCGUCGAAGACACGCCCUUCCCUUUCAAGUUCAAGGCUCCUAGCGGCCGCGUGCACCGUCUGCAGGUCACUGCCUCGGCUGGCAUGGAAGAGCUCGUCUCGAGCGUGGCCGGCAAACUGGGCUCGGAAGUCGACUCCAUCGGUGGAACGCCCACGUUCGAGAACGGCAACAUCUCAAAGGCUGGCUUCGCUCUGAGCUACCUCGACAACGAAGGCGACAGCGUUUCCAUAACCACCUACGACGACCUCGUCGAGGCGAUUAGCCUAUCGCGUCUUGCGCAUCGCGAAAAAGUCGAUCUCUUCGUCCACGACCCACACAAGUCUCCCAUGCCGGCGGAAGUCAACCCCCAGCCUGCGCUGGCCAAGCCGGUGACCCCACCCGAGUCGGUCCUGCGAGAGCGCAAGCAGUUCUUCGACGAGGACGAGGAAGACGCCCAGCCCAAGUCCAAGAGCAGAGGUCCGGCCGCUCCCCCGGCGCAGGCGCCCGAAGUCGUUCCCGGUGUGCCCAACGAUCUGCUUCUGCCCGGUGCGAUUGGCGUGUUGGCGGUGGUCAUCGUGGUUGUCUUCACCAUUGGUCGUGCGUCUGGCUCUAGCCGGUAA